AUGGAAAAACGAUAUCUGGGCGAGUGGUUGACUCUCCCGUCAGCAUUAACCCCGCCGCUUGCUGUUGAAGUCCUCCCGCAUGGCGUGACCAUCCAUAGGAUCAUCAUACAGGUGGAGGGAAAGACCCACGACAUCCUCAUCGGUCCUGAAAAUCCCAAAGACUAUGAGACGUUCAAAUACACCAACACCAUCAUCGGGCGGUAUGCUAACCGCGUGUGGGUUGGGGAGCACACGGUGAAGAAGGAUGGAUUCGAGAGGUUGACAAGGCCUGUCAAGAAUGAAUCUCCUGAAGUUUCUUUGCACGGCGGUCUUCUGGGGUUUGAUUUUGCAGUUUGGCAGCGCCUGCCCCUCGAAAAUGCCAAGCUCUUCACACCUGCUGAAAUUCGCACUAUCCAGAACUCCUCUACGUCCGAGUCAUCUGAUAACACAGCUAUCUAUGCACACACAUCGGAGGACGGAGAUCAAGGUUACCCAGGGGAGCUGUAUCUCGAGACACUCGUUGCGCUGCUCCCUCCUGCAAAGGGUGAGAAAGGAAAGGUGGGAAGCAUAGUCAUCUUGUACAGGGCGAGGUUGGUGAAUGAGGGUGUUACUCCCAUUAAUUUGACGCACCACUGGGGAUUCAACCUCGAUGCAAGCCUGCAGGGGGAUGAAAGCGGGAAGGAUAAGCUUUCAGUGAAGAAUCACAGGUUGAGUAUUAAGGCAAGCCACACUGCUGAGCUUCUCCCAAAUAGUCUCCCCUCGGGAAAAUACUGCCCAGUCGGUGGCACAGUGCACGAGCAUAACGACAAACUUAUCAAAGACGGAUUUCCGAACCAUGGGUAUGACCACUACUAUCUCCUCGCUCCUCGCCCAGGGGUGAAACUCGCGCAACACCGUUUAUCCGCGAAAGAGUUUGAUGCUGCGAAAGCAGGGCAGGGGGAGGAACUAGAUAUUGUGAAAGAGAUAUUUGAGAGCACAAAUGAGAUGGUGGUCGAGUUGAAAAGCGAGAAAUCCGGGUUGAAGGUCGAUUUUGAUUCGAAUCGUGCCGGCCUUAUGUUCUACACGAACAACCACCCGAACAAACAAUUUCGAAAGAAGAUUCACGGCGGUUCGGGAACUAAGGACGAUGGGUAUAUCAAUGGCUCCGCAGCAUUCCUCGAAUUUCACGAGCCGCUCUCGGCUUUCCUCAACCAUGAAGCGACACCGAACACUACAGACACGCUUCUGACGUCCAACGAGAUCUACAAUAAUUUUGUCCGUGUAGAUAUAUUUGUGGAUAGUGAGGGUGUUUGUGGGAGCUGA